GUGGCUCCAUUUGAGUGUCAAAACACAUGUGACACCUAGGGGACUCAUCUGCCAUCAAGGACCCCAAGGUUUCUGGAUUAACGUGGUAGUGCAAAGGCCUGUAAUGGAGAACAGUGCUAGAAAUCCUACAGCAGGCCUCAGUGGGCCACCUGAUGACCCAACACAGAUGGUUACACCUGCUCGAAACCCUCGUCAGUCAGACAGUUUGCUGGAUAGCGAGAAGACUGGAGCCGCCCUGCUGUUCUCUGGAUUGUUCCUAACCCUUGUGGGUAUCACUUUCACCGCCAUGGGCUGGCAACACUACCUAACCAACCCCACUGUUGAGUGGAUCCAACUGCUGGGCCCCAUCCUGAUCUCCGUCGGAGGCACUUUUAUGCUCACCAGUGUCUGCAAGUUUAGGAUUAUCUCCUGCUGGCCGUGCAGACGGCGGGAUGAAGUGCUGGUAAUGCCUGUGGAGCAAACCUCAAUGGGACAUUCUUUUACGUUAAGUGGCAUAAAUCAGCCGAUCAUGUUACAGGGUGCCACAACCAUGCUGUGUAUUCCACCUGUGUAUAACUUAAGAACCCAGGAAAUAUGCCAGGCCAUUGAAUUCCAGCCCUGCAGGCACGUGAAUGCCGUUCAUGCUACCAUUCGUCCACGUGACGCUGUGUCAUGUGUGGCUGGUGCAGCUUUUAUAGCGGAAGAAGACAGCUCAACUCACAGCACAGAAAUAGACCACAGAAGAAGCAGGAUUGAGAAGACGGAGGAUGAAAGAGGACGUGCUGAUGACAGCAGCUCUACCUGCUCACAUCCACCUGCAUACGAAGACAUUGCUUCCUUCAGCAAACGCAAUCUGACGUAAAUGCCCCCUGAAACGUGUGAAUUUAAUGGCUUUCUUGUUGAUAUGUUCAAAGAUGAUAUGUCAAAGUGAUUUGAUGUCCUGCAGAACAAAACUUCCCUGGUAUUUCAUUCCAAAGCAAGGCAAAAGAAACUUAGCUAGGCUUCACUUUCCUCUCACAGCUGUUAUCAUGUAGAGUUACCACAAUAAUUAUGUAUGAAGUCACAAAAUCCACCAAGAUGAGGCUCCCUGGAAGAAAACCUCAUUAAAAUGGAGAUUUAUGGACAAACUCAGCUCUAUCUGAGGGCUCUAAGGUUUUGGAAGAGAUACUAAAUUUAUAUUCAGCAUAAAAAACACACACAUUUAUCCAGUGCUUGUUGUCUCUCAAUAGCUGCACAAACCACUGUACAUGCCCAUUAAAUGUUGGCAGAGGAAAUGUAGACUAUAGCCUGAAACAAACAUGGGGAGA